AUGGCUUCUUCCAAGCCUUACCACCUUGGGCUUGUCCUCUCCAUCACUUGCCUCCUGCAGGUCCUGCUCGCCGCGGCGAACCCCCCGCCGCCGCCGCCGCCAUGCGAGAAGUCCGACAAGGAGCUGAGGUUCAUGUUCUCGCAGUGGAUGUCCACGUACGCGAAGCACUACUCGUGUCCCCAGGAGCAGGAGAAGCGGUACCAGGUGUGGAAGGGCAACACCAACUUCAUCGGCGCCUUCCGCAGCCAGACGGAGCUCUCCUCCGCCGUCGGCGCCUUCGCGCCGCAGACCGUCACGGAGUCUGCCGUCGGCAUGAACAGGUUCGGCGACCUGACGACCGGCGAGUUCGUGCAGCAGUUCACCGGGUUCAACGCCACCGGGUUCGUCCCGCCGCGGCCGACCCCGAUCUCGCCGCACUCGUGGCAGCCGUGCUGCGUCGACUGGCGCUCCAGCGGCGCCGUCACCGGCGUCAAGUUCCAAGGCAAUACUUGCGCGUCGUGCUGGGCGUUCGCGGCGGCGGCGGCCAUCGAGGGCCUCAACAAGAUCAAGACCGGCGAGCUGGUGUCGGUGUCGGAGCAGGUGAUGGUGGACUGCGACACCGGGAGCUUCGGCUGCAGCGGCGGCCACUCCGACACGGCGCUCAGCCUGGUGGCCUCCCGCGGCGGCGUCGCGUCGGAGGAGGCGUACCCCUACACCGGCGUGAGCGGCAGCUGCGACGUGGGCAAGCUGCUGUCCGGCCACUCGGCGUCCGUGUCCGGGUUCCGCGCCGUGCCGCCCAACGACGAGCGGCAGCUGGCGCUGGCGGUGGCGCGGCAGCCGGUGACUGUGUACAUCGACGUGAGCGCGCCGGAGUUCCAGUUCUACAAGGGCGGCGUGUUCCGGGGCCCCUGCAACGCCGGGAGGGUGAACCACGCCGUCACCGUGGUCGGCUACUGCGAGAACAUCGGCGGCGACAAGUACUGGAUCGCCAAGAACUCGUGGGGCAGCGACUGGGGCGACCAGGGCUACGUCUACCUCGCCAAGGACGUGUUGUCGCCGCAGGGCACGUGCGGCCUCGCCACCUCGCCAUUCUACCCGACGGUGUAA